AUGGAACAUUCAGAUGAAAAUUCUUUCCUCUUUAAAACAAUUACAUAACAAUAUUUGUCAUUUGACACUAUACCUAUGGUAUAUUAAAAAAAGAAAGAAAUAUUUAUAAUGGUCUCUAAUUCUAAUUUUAUUUUAGCUGUUUCAUUUCUUUUGGCAAUCAAUAAAUCCAAUCUUAAAACUAGUGAGUUAAUCUUCUAAAGUUUUAUCUAGACAUCACCACCUUUUGAUAAACAUAAUUUUACUACCUCACAAUUACCCUAAUAUGAUAAAGGAUUAUUAUUAUUUUUUUAUUCUCAAACACUUAACCUAUCAAAUUAACAACAAAUGAUUACCUUUUACAAUAUUUCUGAUAAUUAAAACGUUAAAUUCUUAAAUCCCCUCCUUUUUUAAGGAGGGUAUAAUUUUACACUUGAUACUACUUUGUUAAGUGCUUUUUCUUUUAUUGCAUAGAGUAAUUCAUCUGGAUAAAUUUUAAUUCUUUAUAAUAAUGGUAGCAUUUUAGAACUUGAAUUGAAUGUUUUCUCUAUAAAAAUUAAUUUAUCUAAAUAAAGAGAAAAAUCUGAUUCAUUUGAGUUAUAUGCUUAAAAUUAUUACAAUUCUACAGAAGCUGAAAUCAAUUUGAUUAUUAUAAAACAACACAUAUUUGAAACAACUUCUUUUUAUAUCUUGUUUGGAAUUACCUUAAUAGUGAUUGUAACAUCUUUACUUCUAUACUUUGUGUAUUAAAAAAAAGAUUAAGAUGUUGAUGAUUUUGAUAAUUCAGAAGAUGAAUUAUGA